GAAGAACACGGAAAUAUUAUGAAAUGAGCAAAAUCUAGUCUCUGAAACACAGGAUUUACCAUUCAUGUGUUAAAAAUGCUUGGCUAUUAAAAAUACAGUAAAAAAGGCAUCCAGAGACCACUGCAAGUCAGAACAAACACCAAGGAAUAUGCCAUCCCGUCAGAUCAGACCUCCGCCAUCAGAGCUUUUAGAACUUCAUGUUUUUUAUGUUCCGGAAGAAGUAUGGAACUUCAAGUUGAAUACAGUCCCAGUGGAUAUUACUAGCAAAUUCUUUUCAGCUGGAUUUAUAAGGGUUUCGCCUCAUAUGACCUUGAGAACACUGAGAGAGCAUCUUCACGAACACCUUGGUGAAGAUGCAGUUGUGAAUAAGUAUACUUUUCUGAAGUGUAUAGGGAAAAAACUUGCAUUGGUAAAAGCCAAGCAAGAGAUGGAACUGACACUUAGAUCAUUUGCUCCUCCAUAUGCAUUUCAUCCAGAGCUUUAUUUGUUACCUGGAAUACAAAGUUUUUAUUCGUCUUCACUGUCAACUCCAGAGAGACCUCCCAGUAAUGCAGAAUGUGAAUUAGCAAAUGCAUUUAAUCAUAAACCACCUAGUCUGGCUGUUCCAGAUCAAGAAUUGGAUCAAAAUCCAGCAGUUUUGGAGACUUCCCUGAAAAAUCAUUUCAGUCAGACUCAAGAGAAAGGGAUUGGGGACAGAAUCUGCCUGUGGGAGUGGCAUGCAACCGCCUUGGUGGAUUUCCCUCCACAGAGCACUUGCCUGUUGGAGAGAAAGCCUCGCAGACAGCCCCCCGCAAAGCAUGAUUCUUCUAGAGAGAGUGAGAAAUACAAAGUGACUGUUCCUCAUGUAAAUCAGAACAGCGAUCAAGAGGAGACUGAAAUAAAUCUCACCCAACAUAGGGAAAAAGAUGCAAAUACAGAAAAUGGAGACAAUGCAAAAGGAAGACGUACUACAGGAGAUUCUGGGAUCCCAGAAUCCUUGGAAGAUAGAGAUCUGGAAUAUUUACACAGCAAGAAAAGCCAACAGCAUCCUGAUAUUACAGAGACUGCUGCUGACAUGCACGAUAACCAGUCUGACAAGAAUAACAUAAAUAACUUUACACAUCCAAGCCAGUAUCUUUCACCUCCUACUCCGCCUCUGCUAGCUCUGUGCAUAAAUAGACCUCAAAUUCCCAACAGGGUAUUUUCAACAGAGGGAAAUGAGCUGAGUAGACAGUUGCAGUACAUAAAGGCAGAAAGAAAGCAUCUGGAGAAGACUAGAGAAGAGCUGGGUAAAAAAGUGAAAAGCUUGCUUGAGCAGAACAAACGAAGGAGAUAUCAUGCCCGUAACUUAUGGAAGAAAAAGUAUUUUGAAACCAAGAAAGUCACAGCUUCCUUGGAGGAAGAUUUAAACAAACUGCGGGAAAAUUUGGAGCUUCGUUACCAGAAAGUAUUGGUAAAGCUACAAGCUAGGCAUGUCCGGAAGAGAGGGAAUGAUUUAACAAAGGAAGAAGGCGGUGUGCUGUCCGUCCUGGGCCCACUGUCUUGGGGGCGUGAAGUGCUGAGCACCCACUUGACCCACAGUUUGCCUGUGGAGUGA